CCUUAGUGACUAUUCACCAAUAUCUUCCACCGAAAAUCAACACCCAAGAUGGAGCAGAGGACAAUGGCGUGGCUUCGAAUGACUGCGUUUGCUGCGAUGGUGGCACUGGUGGCAGCCGCCUGCGUCGUGCAGCCAGCUCAAGCUGGCGAGGACGGCAUUGGGUGCAGCCUGUGCCAGGACGCGAUUGUGGACGUGGAGAACUUCCUCGAGGCAAACUCCACCGUGCAGGACAUCAUCAAGGCCCUCGAUGACGUGUGCAAGCUGCUCUCCGGCGAUGCAAAGCAAAAGUGCCUGCAGGAAGUGCAGCACCUUGCACCCAAGCUGGCCGAAGCAGACGACUCCAUCACCACCAAGUACUCGCCGUUUGCGCUGUGCUCGAUGCUUGGCCAGUGCCAGAUUGACUGCUGCGCCACCCCAUAUCUGCCGGAGCAGAUCCAUCUCUCCAUCACCACCGACAUCUCGGAGAUGGUCGUCAUGUGGUCCACCCUCAAGGCAACCCCGCACCCUGUGGUGCAAUACGGCCUCUCGUCAGACAACCUCAACAUGACGGCCAAUGCAACGACCGCGUCCUACACAUCCGGCGGCUGGCAGGGCCACCUGUAUACGGCGACGAUGACGGGUCUGCGGCCCAAGACGACCUACUACUACCGCGUCGGCGACCCAACGGUUGCGCCGGACUACUGGAUGAAGCCCGCAUGGAGCCAGGUGCCCUCCCUCCACUUUACAACACGCACUGCGCCUGCCGCGACCACACCGCUGACGGUUGCCAUGAUUGGCGAUGCCGGUGCGACGGAUGCGAGCAUGCUGUCCCUGGCGCACAUCACCCAGCGCGUGGUGGACAAGAGCAUCGACUUUCUCUUUCACGACGGCGACAUUGGGUAUGCCGACGGGUACCAGACCCUGUGGGACGCGUACGUGCGCAAGAUUGAGAGCAUUGCUGGUUUCGUUCCGUACAUGACCGUCCAAGGCAACCACGAAGGCUUCUAUGACUUCAAACCGUACAUGGCACGCUUUGCCAUGCCGUGGAAGCAGAGCAAGUCCCAGUCCCCGCUCUAUUACAGCUUUGACUAUGGCAGCGCGCACUUCAUUGCCGUCAACUCCGAGAGCGAGUUUGGUCUGGCCGCACGCACCGUCAAGAAGGACGACCCCAUGUACAAGUGGCUCGAGCAGGACCUGCAAGCUGCCAAUGCAUCGCGUCACGUCACGCCCUGGAUCGUCGUUGUUCUCCACCGCCCACUCUACUGCACAGAGAGCAACCGCGACUGCAAGCAGUAUGCAGAGACGCUGCGGGAGGGCCUUGAGGAUCUGUUUUUCAACUACAACGUCGACGUCGUCAUCCAGGCCCAUCGCCACAACUACCAGGCGUCGUAUCCCGUGUAUCAGCAGAAGAAGAUGAGCGAUUCGUUCCACAAGCCGCCAGCCCCCGUCUACAUUGUCAACGGCGCAGCCGGGAACAAGGAGCAUCUGAUGGGUCCCGGCAAGCAGGACUGGGCCCGUGUUACGCUCAAGCAAUACGGAUACGCGACGCUGAGCAUUGCCAACAGCAGCCUGGACUGGACCUACUACGCUGCUGCCGACAACGCCGUCCUCGACCACUUCACCAUCACAAAAUAGACGCAGCAGCAGCAGCAGCAGCAGCAGUGACAUCAUGCUGCUCUGCACCCCCCCCCCCCAUAUAUGCAUCUUCCCGCUUCCCACACGUUACGUCAUGUUGUGUCUCCCUUCCUCCUUUUCAUCAUCCUCCUUGCUUGUCAUCUUCCUACCUUUCCACGUCUUAAGCUUCCCAUGCCCUCCGUGCCUUGCGUUUGCUCCUUUCCUUGGGCUAUCAACAAUAUGAGCGAUUAGCGCUGAGACGCGCGUUGGGCUUGUGUACUGGUGCAGCAAAAGGGAAGAAACGAACAAAGC